AUGCUUCUGCUGGGCAUCCUGACCCUGGCUCUCGCCGGGCGACCCGCCAGCGGCUCUGAGCCACAGCGGGAGGUGGUGGUCCCCAUCCGACUAGACCCGGACAUCAACGGUCGCCACUACUACCGGCGGGGUCCCGAGGACUCGGCGGAUCAGGGGCUCAUUUUCCAGGUCACAGCAUUUCAGGAAGACUUUUACCUCCACCUGACGCCGGAUGCCCAGUUCCUGGCUCCCGCCUUCGCCACGGAGCAUCUGAGCUUCCCUCUCCGGGAGCUGUCGGGGAGCACUCAAGACUUGCGCGGUUGCUUCUAUUCCGGGGACGUGAAUGCCGAGCCGGACUCGUUCGCCGCACUGAGCCUAUGCGGGGGGCUACGCGGGGCCUUCGGCUACCGAGGCGCCGAGUAUGUCAUUAGUCCCCUGCCCAACGCCAGCGCGCCGGACGCGCGGCGCAACAGCCAGGGCGCACACCUCCUGCAGCGCCGGGGCGCCCCCGGCAGGCCUCCCGGGGAUCCCACCUCUCGCUGCGGGGUGGCUUCAGGCUGGAACCCCGCCAUCCUGCGGGCCCUGGACCCUUACAAACCGCGCCGGACGGGCCGGGGGGAGGGUCGUAGCCGGCGUAGGUCGGGGCGCGCCAAGCGCUUCGUGUCCAUCCCGCGGUACGUGGAGACGCUGGUGGUGGCGGACGAGUCCAUGGUCAAAUUCCACGGCGCGGACUUGGAGCAUUAUCUGUUGACGCUGCUAGCCACCGCGGCGCGCCUCUACCGCCAUCCCAGCAUCCUCAACCCCAUCAGCAUCGUAGUGGUCAAGGUGCUGCUUCUCGAGGACCGCGAUAGCGGACCCAAGGUCACGGGCAACGCGGCGCUGACGCUGCGCAACUUCUGCGCCUGGCAGAAGAAGCUGAACAAAGUGAGCGACAAGCACCCCGAGUACUGGGACACUGCCAUCCUCUUCACUAGGCAGGACCUAUGUGGGGCUACCACCUGUGACACUCUGGGCAUGGCUGAUGUGGGUACCAUGUGCGACCCCAAAAGGAGCUGUUCUGUGAUCGAGGACGACGGGCUCCCGUCAGCCUUCACCACCGCCCAUGAGCUGGGCCAUGUGUUCAACAUGCCCCACGACAACGUCAAAGUGUGUGAAGAGGUGUUUGGGAAGCUCCAAGCCAACCACAUGAUGUCCCCAACCCUCAUCCAGAUUGACCGCACCAGCCCCUGGUCUGCCUGCAGUGCUGCCAUCAUCACUGACUUCCUGGACAGUGGGCACGGUGACUGCCUCCUGGACCAACCCAGCCGGACCAUCACCCUGCCUGAGGACCUGCCGGGCUCCAGCUACACGCUGAACCAGCAGUGUGAGCUGGCCUUUGGUGUGGGCUCCAAGCCCUGCCCCUACAUGCAGUAUUGCGCCAAGCUGUGGUGCACGGGCAAGGCCAAGGGACAUGUGGUGUGCCAGACGCGCCACUUCCCCUGGGCAGAUGGCACUGGGUGUGGCGAGGGCAAGUUCUGCCUGAAGGGGGCCUGUGUGGAGAGAUACGACCCCAACGAGUACAGGGUGGACGGCACUUGGGCCAAGUGGGAGCCCUACGGCCCCUGCUCGCGGACCUGCGGCGGGGGCGUGCAGCUGGCCCGGCGGCACUGCAGCAACCCCGCCCCUGCCAACGGGGGCAAGUACUGCGAGGGCGUGAGGGUGAAGUACCGCUCGUGCAGCCUGGAGCCGUGCCCCAGCUCAGUCUCUGGCAAGAGCUUCCGUGAGGAACAGUGUGAGGCUUUCAAUGGCUACAACCACAGCACCAACCGGCUCACACUCACCGUGGCUUGGGUGCCAAAGUACUCGGGCGUGUCUCCGCGGGACAAGUGCAAGCUCAUCUGCCGAGCCAACGGCACCGGCUACUUCUACGUGCUGGCACCCAAGGUGGUGGACGGGACACUCUGCACCCCUGACUCCACCUCGGUCUGCGUCCAAGGCAAGUGCAUCAAGGCUGGCUGUGACGGGAACCUGGGCUCCAAGAAGAAGUUCGACAAGUGCGGGGUGUGUGGGGGAGACAACAGGAGCUGCAAGAAGGUGACUGGGCUCUUCACCAAGCCCAUGCACGGCUACAAUUUUGUGGUGGCCAUCCCAGCGGGCGCCUCGAGCAUCGACAUCCGCCAGCGGGGCUACAAGGGGCUGGUCGGGGACGACAACUACCUGGCCCUGAAGAACAGCCAGGGCAAGUACCUGCUCAACGGGCACUUUGUCGUGUCGGCCGUGGAGCGGGACCUGGUGGUCAAGGGCAGUCUGCUGCGCUACAGCGGCACGAGCACCGCUGUGGAGAGCCUGCAGGCGUCCCGGCCCGUCCUGGAGCCCCUGACCGUGGAGCUCCUGUCCGUGGGGAAGAUGACGCCACCCCGGGUCCGCUACUCCUUCUACCUGCCCAAAGAGCCCCGGGAGGACCGGCCCUCCCUGCCCAGGGACCACCGGGGCCCCUCCGUGCUGCACAACAGCGUCCUCAGUCUCUCCAACCAAGUGGAGCAGCCUGACGACAGGCUCCCUGCGCGCUGGGUGGCGGGCAGCUGGGGGCCUUGCUCCCUGAGCUGCGGCAGCGGCCUCCAGAGGCGGGGGGUGGACUGCCGGGGCCCCCUGGGGCUGCUCUCGGCCUCGGCCUGCGAUGCUGCCCACCGGCCGGUGGAGACACGAGCCUGCGGGGAGCCCUGCCCUGCGUGGGAGCUUGGCGCCUGGUCACCCUGCUCCAAGAGCUGCGGCCGGGGCUUCAAGAGGCGCCCACUCAAGUGCGUGGGCCCUGGAGGGCGGUUGCUGGCCCGGGACCAGUGCGGCCUGCGCCGGAAGCCCCAGGAGCUAGACUUCUGCAUCUUGAGGCCAUGCUGAAAAGGACUGUCUCUUUCUCCCCGGUGCUCUCUCUCCUGCAGGUGCUGCCAGCUUUCUGGCCAGUGGGGACAGGGGGGCAGUGGGUAGGAGCCCACCCUGAGAUGCAGGGACAAGGACCAUGGACCGGGCCCCUCCCUGGCCUGGGUGGGGUAGGGGGAAGUGAACACAAAGUCUACCUCAUGCCCGGCUCCUCCGGGCCCCGGUUGCUGGGUAGAGGCUGAGGGGUGCCAGGUCCCCGGUCAGGGAGGCUGUGGGCUACUAGGAGAGCCGGGCCCAGCAGCUUGACACCCAUGGGCGGCCCCUGGGGCUCUGAGCCACUUCCGAGCAAGGCAGGUUUUUCUGUGGUGCUUUCUGCUCAUUUCCCUCUUCUGGCUGCCAUGGGACUGAGAACAAAACCUGGUGGAGGUGGGACGAAGCCGGCUGGAGGGCAGAGGAGGGUUAGGUGUAGCUGGGGCCCAGGCCACUGCCACUGGAGAAGGGUGUGUGUGGAGGGUCUCCUGAGGCCAUUUCUUGGCCCUCCCUUAAAGAAGCAUCCCCUUCUCCCUGAGGGGUCUGGGAUGCCAGCUUAGUGGGAGGGCUUCCACUUAGGCACCCUCCAUAGAAAAUCAAAAGGGACCCUGCCCUUUACUGCAAGAGGGAUCAGGCCAUUCUUUUAAAAAAGACGCUGAAACUUCUAAGUGGAGAUAAAUGCUUGGCUGGAGCAGGGAGUGUGAGGAGAGAGCCAGGCACCGAGCCCCCCAUGCCUGCAAAUCUCUUCUCCCUGACCGCUGAGUGACACCUGGCCCUGGCACGGUGCUUCACCUCCUGAGACCCCAGCUUCCCCAGUUGGAAAACGGGGUCUGCUGUUUGCUACCUCAGGAUAUGUCUCUGGGAUCCCCCCCUUGUCCCUCCCUGGGGGCAACGGUGACUGUGGUGCUUCUAUCAGAGCAUGCUGUCUUCCUUCAUGGUGGAAGGCUUGUCUCGGCUUCCUGCUCCCGCAGCCCCUGGGUGCCCAGGCCGGAGAGCGGAGAGCCAGCUGCCCUUCAGCCUCCAGGAGGGCGGAUUUCGGGAAGAGUGAGUUAAUGGACCUAGGUGCUAUUAGCAGCCACCAGUUUAGGGGGUGCUGGAGACCUGUGCCUUGGAGGUGGGUUUGGGGAGUGGAGACAAGGGCAUGUCCAAGAGCUCCCUUUGGGGAAGGUAUUUUGGGGUUAGAGACAAUUGGCCAAGCAGGGUCUUUCUCGAGGGUACCAUUGCUCCAGCCAGCAUAUGUGGGAUUCUGUUUCUGUGUGUAGGUGAUGUGAUCGUCCUUUAGCAGGGAGAUCAGGGCCUCGAUGGAGGACGUCACUGAGGCCAGAUCAGAGCAAGGGCCUUCCCCAGGGACAGGGGUUUGGUCCUUUUAUUUGGUUUCCCCCUAAUGGUCUGAAUCCACAACCCAGCCGGCCAGGCCUCUGAGAUUGCUACAGUCCUAGAGGUGUGGAGGGCACCUUGAAACAGGGGUGAAGAACCUGGUGGGGCUUGAGGGGUGAAGGGAUCUGGGGUGCUGCAGAUGGCAGUGACAGCCGCACCUGUGCUUGGGGCAUUCCACCUAAACUGGGA